ACUAGUACAUUCCCCGGCUGGCUACGCGGACCGUGCUUGCACUGUAUAAGUAGAGGAAUCAUGGGAGGCUCUGAAUUCAGUCAUUACCCACCAUUCUUACGGUGCCCAUCUUGUAGCUGUCAGACUUGCCUACACUAGCUACAGUACGCCGCAGCCUCCUGUUCUGCAGUUCUCGCCUGAGUUCUCUCUGCGAGCUCACACUGGCAUCACUCUGUCGGUAUCAUCUGUAGAAGCAGAGGAGCAACAUGAAGCAAAAGAUGGUGAUCAGGGUGCACAUGACGUGCGACAAGUGCCGGUCCAAGGCAAUGGGGCUGGUUGCCUCGGUACACGGAGUGGAGCGUGUGGAGAUACAAGGGGACGACAGGGACUGCCUGGCGGUGGUCGGCGACGGGGUGGACGCCGCCAACCUGACGGCUUGCCUGCGGAAGAAGGUGGGGAGCGCGGAACUCCUCACGGUGGAGGCGGUCGGUUCCGAGAAGAAGCCGGCAGCGGCAUCGGAGACCGGCGAGGCUUCGUGCCCGCAGCAGUGGUAUCCCGGAUACUACUCCUGGCCGGGAGGUGCAUACUCCUAUUGCUACCCGUACAGCAUGUAAUCUCUUGUAUUUCUGCGGUAUAAUCGAACGUGUCCAUAUAAUGAUUCCCA